AUGGGUUUCGCCACUACCAUUCUCCACUCGCAAUUCUUCGUCACGCCGCCGUUCCCGUCGUCCGACUUCACCGGCCAGACCGCCGUCGUCACCGGUGCCACCUCCGGCCUCGGAUUCGAGGCAGCUAAGCACUUCCUGCGCCUCGGCGCAUCCCGCGUCAUCCUCGCCGUGCGGAAUGUCGCCAAAGGAGAGCAGGCGGCGAAAGAGCUCGCGUCCGCCAAGGCUGCACCCUCUAGCACCAUCGAGGUGUGGCAGCUGGACCUCGGCAGCUUUUCGUCCAUCAAGGACUUCGGAGCGCGGAUCGGGACGCUGGACCGGCUGGAUGCCGUGGUGCAGAACGCCGGCAUCAUGACCAGCCAGUUCACCCUGGUCGAAGGGUGUGAGAGCCAGAUUGCAGUCAACGUCAUCAGCCCCGUGCUUCUCGGAUAUCUGGUGCUGCCCAAGUUGCAAGAAUCCGCCGCCAAACACGGUACCAAGGGCAGACUGGCCUUCGUGGGCAGCGAUCUCCAGUUCAUCGCGCCGCUGAAGGAGAAGUCAGUGCCGGGGAGCUUGCUCGACGCGCUCAACUCGGAGAAAACGGCGAGCAUGGGCGAUAGAUAUGGCGUUUCCAAGCUCCUGCUGCUGUGGGCGGUGCGGGACAUGGCCCAGCGCUUCCCCUUCUCCGGCCAGUCCAACGUCGUCAUCGCCUGCCUGACGCCCGGCCUGUGCAAGAGCAAUCUCGUCCGCGACGACGAGAGCUGGAUUGCUGGCGUCAUCAGGCGCAUGCUGAUCGGAAUCGUUGCUCGCUCCACCGAGGUGGGAAGCCGCUGUCUCGUGAAUGCGGUAAAACCAGAACUUGGCGACGAGUGCCACGGCGCCUUUCUGAUGGACUGCAAGCCUUGCCCAGACCUGACGGGCAACUCGAACAAGCCCGAGAUGAAAGAAGCCCGGAGCAAGUUCUUGGACGAGCUGUCUACGCGCCUACAGAGCAUCAGUCCAGGCAUUUUUUAA